AUGCGUUCGUAUUUUUCUUGUGCUCUGUUUUCACUAGAAUAAAAAUAAAUUGGUUUGAAAUAUUAAUCUACGAUUAGACUGUCAACGUAAAUAUUCAAUGCGUUGACUACUUGACAUCACCCAAAAAUCAUCAAUAAUCACAGUGCUAUCUUUAAAUUGACGUGUGAUGUGUGUUAGGACUCGCCCAAAACCAAAGCGAAACAUUUUAUGCGAAAACAAAACUUCCGUCAUUGGUCGGGUUUAAAGGCUCUCCCAAACCAACGCGAAAGUGGCACAUUCACCGACGCGGCAUUGUUUGUCAUUUUUGUUAUCGUUGUGAAUGAUUCGCCCUGAUUCGCUUCGUGUCAGUUAUCGCAGUGUAAGUUUAUUUUGAGAAGAGAAAGUUUAAUUGUAUCGCUGAAUGUUUCGCGUUGAAAACUGAGUUGCCAGCAAAUGGGAACUUGUAGGCAAGACGGGCUUACGGGGAAGGACAAAAUCUCCCCUCACACCCUUCUGUUGGCUUUUAGUGCGUGUCUACAUUAGAUUUUUAAUGCUGGGUUUUAUUAUGUUCGUUGUGUCCGUACGAUGAAGAGAAAAUCAAUCUGCAGAUCCCUAUCUCACACCCUUGAAAUCUAUCUAUCUUUCACUCAUACAAUACAAAAUCUUUCAUGUUGAAUCCAAGAACAUUGUUUGCAUUUGGGCUUUAAUCUACCCAUCUCUCUCUUUUUCACUCACAUAUAAUCUACCUGUCUCACUGCUGGCACCUAACAUUAUGUAAAAAUUUAAUGUGGGGAGGCACUCUUAUGUCAUUUCAAUCUUUCAAUUCAUACUCAACUCUAUUCUGACUGAACCUGCAUGUACACAUUAAUUUGAACUCUUAUUCAACUUUACAUAAAAACAAUAAUACUUUUUCAACACAUCCCUUGAGUACGUAUUUUCAAAACUGUUAUUUGGUGGCUCCGACUCUGAGUGAAAAGAAACAAAACAAAACAAAACAAUAAUUCGUGGACAAUGGAGAAAAGAUCUAAACGUUGGACCACUGAUGAAACGAAAGCAUUUUUGCAUUUUUAUGCUGCCAGGAAGGAGCAAUUUAGCCACCCAAGGAAAAAACGUUCGGCGUAUGGAAGCAUUGUUGAAGACAUGAUUGCGGCUGGCUUUGACUCGGGUUUAACAUCGCGACAUCUUGAGGUAAAGAUGCAGACGCUGCUGAGGGCGUACAGAGACGCUAAGGACAAUAAUGGUAGAACUGGUGCAUCUCCUUGUAUUGCACCGUUCUUAGAGGAAAUGGACGAGCUAUUUGGUAAAAAGCCAAAUUUUGCAAAAAGCGAUUCGUAUAAUUUUGGUGCCAAAAGUGUUUCGGUAAGAGGGUAA